GCCCACCAUGUCUUUCAAAGCUCACUACGUCUUCGGGACGCACUCGUCUUUCUCGCAUGUUCCACCCGUUAUCAGACUCUGUCUCGCAUUACUGACCCAAGCGGACGAUCUCAUCAUCACUGUGAUCCUACAUGCUGACAAUUUACUCAACUCGGAGCGAUUGAUGGCGGUUCACCCAGACUCCAUCACAACACGACUCAGGCUUGUCCCUAUUGGCGAUCAAAUGCCUCUCAAAGACACCUCUCGGUCAUUCAAGGUACUCGAGAUUCAAUCCGCGGAGGCCUACAGGAAAAUCUUACAGGACGAUUCCUCGCCUACCCCUCAGGCAUUCAUCUUUGACAUUGUGCCGUUCUUCUACCCUGACAUCAAGGCUAACGUCGAAGCCGACUUUCCAACACUCAAGACACCUCGGCUCAUCGCUUAUAAUCCGGAAGCUGCCGCGGAAAUGAUCUUUCGUGUAGGAUCUAUCACGACCAAGGGAUCCCUCCAAUGGCUCAAACAAAGUAUCCAGGAUCAGUCGCCGGAAUCGCUCAAGCUGACCUGGGAAGACAUCGAAUCUGUGGAGCAAUUUGCCGGGGGUGGACCUGAGCCAAGCUCUGCCACCCAAGAUAGAGUCUCCAAGGCUGUGAAGGCUUAUAAGAAGGUGAUGGUAGAGAAUUAUCGCGUCAUGAAAAUCGCAGGCUACGAGCCUUUCCAUCUAUACGAGCGGUGGACAGCCAAAGUUGACUGGACUAGGGAACGCGAGCUCAAUUGGCCGAUGUCCCUCUUCAAGUAUCAAGAACAGGCCAAACGGGCUGAAGGCUUCGUAGGAUGCUUCCCCUCUUCCGUUUUUAAGCCCGAAGCCCUCGAAGCCGCAGAGAAAGAUCCUAUCCUUGGCAAAGGCGGGUAUGUCGAGCUCGGCUGGUUCGAAAGCAAGCCAUUGGGACCCCUGAAUGGAGAGCUUCAAGGAUUCUUGGACGCUCAAGAUGCAAAGAGUGUGGUUUACGUCAGCUUUGGGACGAUCAUGGAUUGUCCUCGCAAUCUCGUUCACCUGCUCGAGUUUCUGAAGACCGAAGCCAUCCCGUACGUCUACGCCGGCGGUGGACAGCACGCCUCUCUCCCGGAGAAUAUCAAAAUUCUGCUUAAAGACGCUGAAGCGGACGGUCGAGCUUGUGUUCCGGACUGGUGCGAUCAGAUUGGGGUACUGGCUCAUCCUUCAAUCAUGUGCUUCGUAAGCCACUGCGGAGCCAACUCGACUAUCGAGUCGAUCCUUGCCGGCGUGCCCAUCAUUGCGUGUGCGCAAAAAUGGGAUCAAGUCUUCCUCUCUGCAAAGAUCCACCAAGCCAAUCUCGGUAUCGAGCUGAUCCAAUACAGGACAGGCCAUGUGGUCGGUCGCGGGAUCAUGCACCGACCUGGGGAGGUAUGUGUCGCGACGCCUGAGGCGAUGAAGAUGGAGAUUGCUCAAGCUAUCGAGGAUGUACGAGGGUAUGAAGGGGAUCAGAUGAGGGAGAAUCUUCUCCAGAUGGCGAAGGAGAUGAGGAGCAAGCGUGAGGGUAUUUGGAACGAAGCGGUCAAGGAGUUUGCCCAUAAAUACAGGUGAAGAAGGCUCGCUUGGAAAGCUUGAUACUCAGAUGUCGACCUCCGUUCUGGCUAUAUACAGUAUGCAUCGCAGAUCAUCCC